AUGUGCGUCUCUCAAGAUAAGUUUCCCGUCACAUCAAACCAAUCCUCCAUCCACCCACACUACUUUGGCCACCUUCUUAGACAUCUUUUUUUUCUCUCUUUGUUUUCCUUUUCGUUCUGGCUUCACUCUGCGAGUGACUGCAUCUAUCUAUCUAUCUAUCUAUCUAUCUAUCUAUCUAUCUAUCUAUCUAUCUAUCUAUCUAUGUUUAUCUAUCUAUCUAUCUAUCUAUCUAUCUAUCUAUCUAUAGAUACAGGUCUGAAGCCCAAAGAAAAAACCCCGAUACGAAAUCUAUCUAUCUAUCUAUCUAUCUAUCUAUCUAUCUAUCUAAAUGAUUUUAUCUAUCUAUCUAUCUAUCUAUCUAUCUAUCUAUCUAUCUAUCUAUCUAUAACAACUUCCUUCCUCCAUUCGUUACUCACUUUAUUAGAUUCUGUUUCCUUUUCUCGGUCAAUUCUGUUUCUUCUUCCUUGCCAAUUCUGUUUCCUUUUCUCGGCUAUUUCUGUUUCCUUUUCUCGGCCAUUUCUGUUUCCUUUUCUCGGCCACUUCUGUUUCCUCUUCUCGGACAUUUCUGUUUCUUCUUCCUUGCCAAUUCUGUUUCUUUUUCUUGGCCAAUUCUGUUUCCUUUUCUCGGCCAAUUCUGUUUCUUCUUAUCUUUUCUCGGCCAGUCACCACUCGACCCGAAAGAUAUUUUUGCUUCAGAUUCAUUCGCCUUCUCUUGUUCGUCCUACGUCGAUUAUCUUUACCUUCCAAUAA